UUCGCAAGCGGACCCGUGGAGACUCAGUUAUUCGCCUUUUUGUUUUUGCUCAUGAUGUCCUUAAAAGACAAACAGUGACACGGUUUGAGUCAAUGUUGCUGCGACUGGUGCGCUCUGCACACGCCUGGGUCAUGCUCUGCACCUGACAGCCCUUCAGAGACACUUUUGAGUUUAGACUUGAACAGGAGGAAAACUUAGCAUCGCCCCGAGAAGUUGUCCACUGCCGCGGACUCUUCGCACACGGACUGUUGUUCGCUGCUCCGAAUUGUAAAUCUUUGUUUUUUCCAGCUUUAAGCUGCACCACAGAGGCGAAACGGCGACCUCAGUCGAUUACCUUUCCUUCCUUUGCUAUCCAAUGGAUAUUCACUGCAAAGCAGACCCCUUCUCGGCGAUGCACUGGCACGGCGGUGUGAACCAGCUCGGCGGGGUGUUUGUGAACGGCAGGCCCCUCCCGGACGUGGUGAGGCAGCGGAUCGUGGAGCUGGCCCACCAGGGGGUCCGGCCCUGCGACAUCUCCAGACAGCUACGGGUCAGUCACGGCUGUGUCAGCAAAAUCCUCGGCAGGUACUAUGAAACCGGCAGUAUUAAACCCGGAGUCAUUGGAGGCUCCAAACCAAAGGUUGCAACUCCGAAAGUGGUGGAUAAAAUAGCUGACUAUAAGCGCCAGAACCCAACCAUGUUCGCUUGGGAGAUAAGGGACCGACUACUGGCUGAGGCCGUCUGCGACAACGACACCGUCCCCAGCGUUUCAUCCAUCAACAGGAUUAUCCGCACCAAAGUCCAGCAGCAAUUCCACCCGUCCCCCGACGGAUCCGUGACGCCGCUCUCCACGCCCGGCCACACCAUAGUGCCCAGCACAGCUUCUCCCCCUGUGUCCAGCGCCUCCAACGAUCCCGUAGGUUCCUACUCCAUCAACGGCAUUCUGGGUAUCCCUCGCUCCAACGGCGAGAAGAGGAAACGAGACGAAGUUCACUGGAGUGGCAACCACAUGGAUGGAAGGAAAAUAGGACAUUAUGGCUCUGAUGGCUCAGGCCCCGGCAGCGACUCUCAGGGCAGCGUGGAGAGUUUAAGGAAGCACCUGCGGGCGGACGCCUUCACCCAGCAGCAGCUGGAGGCCCUGGACCGUGUGUUCGAACGUCCUUCUUACCCUGAUGUCUUCCCUACCCCAGAACACAUCAAACCUGAACAGGCGAAUGAAUACUCACACCCAUCCCUGAACGGCGGCCAUGAUGACGUGAAGCCGAGCCUCUCCUCCAGCGCCAGCUCCGACCUCGCCUCCAGUGUCUCCCAGAGCUACUCUGUUGUGACAGGUCGAGACAUGGCCAGCACCACCCUACCUGGCUACCCGCCUCACGUCCCCCCCACUGGGCAAGGCAGCUACUCCACCUCCACACUCGCUGGAAUGGUUCCUGGAGGGGACUUUUCUGGAAACCCUUACUCUCAUCCACAAUACACCACAUACAACGAUGGAUGGCGGUUCAGCAAUCCAGCAUUACUAAGUUCCCCUUAUUAUUAUAGUGCCGCGUCCCGUGGCUCCGCACCACCCACUGCUGCCACGGCCUACGACCGCCACUAG